GUGAUCCCUUCUCUCCACCCUAUCCUUCUUUCUUUCUUUCUUUCUUAAUUCUUUUCUUGCUUUGUUUAUCUAUAGUUGAAUCAGAAUAUAUAUCUCUGAUAAGAUAUCAACCCCCAAGUUUUUUGGUCUCUCCCCACCCUUUUCACCCACCGACUGUUGCAUCAACUUACUCUCCGCCGCCGGCCGCCUUCUUCUCCGACUGACUCCACACACAGACACACAUCCUCUCCCUUUUUAACCGAUAACCAUUUUCCGGCUAACCUAGCCUCCUCCGUCCCCCGGACCAACUUUGGGUAGUACGGGAACAUUCACUUGUUGUCCAUCGUACGUACUCUCUCGAUAGAGAGAAGAAAGUGAAAAUGGACUCAUCAAUCUGGGCCGCACUCUCAUCGUACCUCGUCCCUCUCCUCCUCCUCCUCGUCUUCCUCGAACAGAUUUCCUACUUAAAGAAGAAGCGCACAGUCCCGGGCCCCUCGCUAGUAUUCCCCUUCUUGGGCAGCGCCGUGUCGCUCGUCCGGAACCCGACUAGGUUCUGGGAAAACCAGUCGAACCUGGCCCGGACCUCCCCACUCGGCGUCUCCGCCAACUACAUCAUCGGCAAGUUCGUGGUCUUCGUCCGCUCCACCGACCUCUCCCACAAGGUCUUCGCCAACGUCCGGCCCGACGCCUUCCACCUCAUCGGUCACCCCUUCGGGAAAAAACUCUUCGGCGACCACAACCUCAUCUACAUGUUCGGGCAGGACCACAAGGACCUCCGCCGCCUUCUAGCUCCCAAUUUCACCCCCAGGGCCCUCUCCAUCUACGUUCCCAUCCAGCAGAGGGUCGUUGCCGAGCACCUGGCGCGCUGGCUGCGGCUGUCAAACGGGACGCCCAUCAGUCUCCGGUGGCUGUGUCGCGACAUGAACCUCGACACGUCGCAGACCGUGUUCGUCGGGCCGUAUUUGUCGGGCGAGUCGAAGGAGAGGUUCAACUUCGACUAUAACUUGUUUAAUGUGGGCUUGAUGAAGCUCCCGAUUGAUCUGCCGGGGUUCGCCUUUCGGGAGGCGAGGUUGGCAGUGAAGAGGCUCGUCGAAACAUUAGGUGUUUGUGCUGAGGAGAGCAAGAAGAAGAUGAAGGGCGGCGGUGAACCUACUUGCUUGAUCGAUUUGUGGAUGCAGGACAUUGUAAGGUUGGAGACCGAGGCGGGGGAAGAAUCUGGAAUUUUGCCGCCGCCUCACACUAGUACCACCGAAAUCGGCACCUACUUGUUCGAUUUCCUAUUCGCCGCACAGGACGCCUCCACAUCGUCACUACUAUGGGCGGUGGCGCUCCUCGAUUCCCACCAGGAGAUCCUCGUGAAGGUCCGCCGUGAAGUUGCCUCGAUCUGGUCGCCCGAAUCGAGCACCUCGAUCACGGCGGACCAACUGCGGGAGAUGAAGUACACCGAGGCGGUGGCACGUGAAGUGUUAAGAAUACGUGCGCCAGCCACGUUAGUACCUCACUUGGCAGGCAAGGACUUUCCAUUAACGGAUACAUACACCAUUCCGAAAGGAGCGAUUGUUUUUCCAUCGGUUUACGAGUCUUCAUUCCAGGGGUUUGUUGAACCGUACCGGUUCGACCCGGACAGGUUCAUGGACGAAAGGCAGGAGGACAGGGUCUAUAAAAAGAACUUUCUCGUAUUUGGAGCAGGGGCACACCAAUGUGUGGGCCAGAGGUACGCUAUCAACCAUCUAGUGUUGUUCAUCGCCAUGUUCACGUCGUUGAUGGAUUUCAAACGGCACCGAUCGGAUGACUGCGAUGAAAUCGUUUAUGUCCCUACCAUUUGUCCCAAGGACGAUUGCAAAGUCUCUCUCCUCCAGCGGUGUGCAUAGUAUUCCGCCCAUUCAUGAUUUAGCCCAACUAUGGUAUACCUUUUGAACGGCUCUGAUCAUUUGUGUGAAACUCCGAGAUGGAUCCACAUAAUCAGGUGUAACCAAAUGGUGUACCCUUUUUUUUUUUUUUUUUUUUAUAUCUUCCUUUUUAGACUUGUUGAAAUUGAUCAAUUGGUUUGGGGUGUAUUUUGGGUUAGCACAGAAAAAGAACAUACAGGGAAAAUCCAGGUGUGUUGUUUCAUUUGUAAUGGAUUUAUUGAUUGAGAAUUUACCAAAACAAGAAGAUGGAUUUGUUGAUCAA